CCUUUCCUUGUAGCCAACCAUUAGGUCACGAUUACGACGUGUAACAUCCUUCAACAUCCUUCACAACAAUCUGGUCGAGUCGUGCAAAACAUUUUAGGAAUCUCUAUUGGAUACUACCUCUUCAAGAAAUUCGGUUCUCAAAACACAGCCCCGACAAGCCAUAUCGAAGCAAUGAUAACGCCCACGAUGACAGACGAGCCGUCCAAACCACUACCCCAUGACUCGAGCGAAAUCACCAGUCUACUGUCCAGCAGCUCCUCGUUAAUUGACGACCAAGCAACGUGUCCAAACUAUGGCACUGCCCGUACCGAUGUGGAACAUGGCGAUAAUCAUGGUCGGCAGCCGAAAGGCGUCGAAAAACGCUACAGCAAUGCCUUCAUUGCCAAGACCGUUAUAGCAUUGCUCGUUGGGGUUUUUAUUUCCAAUGUCGACACCUCCCUCGUGAUUGCUAUCCAUCCUGAGGUUGCGUCGGAAUUCAACGCAUUGGGAGACUCGAGUUGGCUGUUCAUUGGCUUCAUGCUUGCUGGCGCGGCCACUCAGACGCUGUAUGGAAGACUGAGUGACAUAUUUGGGCGAAAACUUUGGCUUCUGGUAUGUUACGGGCUGUUCGCGGUCGGUUGUGCAUUGAUCGGUGUAUCACGGACAAUGUGGCAGGUAAUUCUCGGACGGGUGAUCUCGGGCUCGGGGGGUGCCGGUAUGCAAGUGCUGGCAGCUUUAAUCAUCACUGAUUUGGCACCUCUCCGAGAAGUCGGCUCUUGGCAGAGUUACCUGAACAUCGUAGCCACUACUGGCAGAAGCCUCGGAGGACCAACUGGUGGAUGGCUCGCCGACACAAUUGGAUGGCGCUGGGCCUUUCUUGGACAAACACCAAUAUUCGCCCUCGCCUUGGUCUUGUGCUGGUUGGUACUGCCUACAGUGUCCACCGCCACCACGGCAAGGCGGACAAGCGACUCAUCUAUCAGCAGCCAAUUAGCGAGGAUUGACUUCACUGGCGCUUUCAUUCUCGGACUAGCCCUCCUAUCACUAAUGUUGCCUUUGGAGAUCGGUGGCCAGAAGGUUCCCUGGAACCACCCGAUCGUUUUUGGUCUAUUCGGAACCGGGCCCGUUCUCCUAGCUCUCUUCCUUUUGAUCGAAUUGCGCUGGGUCAGAGAGCCUAUUUUCUCUCCCAGAAUACUUCGUAGGCCCAAUGUGGUUCUGUGCUACUGUAUCAUGGGCUGUCAAGUUGCGGCCCAAUUAGGGAUGAUGUUCACGGUCCCGCUCUAUUUCAAAGUCACCGAGAGGUCCUCUAACACUGUUGCCGGGGCGCACCUAUUCCCGGCAGUUGUCGGAAAUGCCGUGGGCGGUAUUGCGUCAGGCUAUAUAAUCAAGCGUACCGGUCGAUACAAAGCUUUGAUCAUAUUCGCGGCUCUCUCGUCGUUCACCAGCUAUAUGCUUCUCAUCCUCCGAUGGCAUGGCCACACCAACUGGGCCGAAUCCCUGUACAUAGUUCCAGGCGGAAUUGGAUCCGGCGUUGCGUCCAAUGCCGCGUUCGUUGCCCUUCAGGCCUCCAUACAACCCACCGACAAGGCGGCUGCAUCUUCUGGCUUCUUCCUAACCAUGCCAGUUGGAUCAAUCUUCGGAAUGGCAUUGGCCAGCGCUAUUGAGGUAGGCGUUCUUCGAAAGAGUCUGGCGGUACGACUUCUGGACGCUGGCCUAGAUUCCGCUCGAGUACAUGAGGUUGUGGAACAAGCGGUCGCCAGCGUCGACUAUCUGGAUCAAGCACCACCAUGGAUCGCCAAGGCCGCAGUGGCUUCGUAUGUAAAGGGCAUUGAGUACAGUCAUUUGCUUUCGUUGGCGUGUUCUACGGUGGCCUUUCUAGCGGCACUAAUGUUGAAAGAGCGCAUAUUGCAUAGGUAGCGUCUAAUUGGAAAUCGGCAAUAAUACUCGGAAUUAGGGUUAGUAUUUGUAACGAACAUAUUUCUUGGCGAGUGAUUUUCACCCUGCCGCCGCUCUGACUUUGCCUACUUAAGUAAGGUAUUAGCAAAGCCGCCUCAGUCUUAUUUUCCAACCUUGGUUAACCCGGAGCGCAUUCCUUACUCU